UUAUUAGCCAUGAACCCAUUCCACUGGAAAAGACUACCUUCUUUGAUAACAUGACGCGAGAUCGAUAUGAGGAAUAUAUGAAGGGUAUCAAUGAUAGUGAUGGUUCAGCGUAUCGAAAAAUACUCCAGACUCAUGGAGCUGAUGCAGAUGCAUUGAUCCCAGCAGCGUUCUUUCAAAUGGAUGGGCCAGAUGAAACAUGCACAUUAGAUCUAACCCCGACUCGGUCUGGUCGGUAUGUGUUGAUCAAGCUAUUGAGGUCACGAUGUUCAAAUGGACUGCAACGACCCGAGAACAUUGAUCUACAAUACCUUGGCCUCAUUGGUUUCACUGGUGCUCGCUCCUUUGCUCUUGCCAGUUUUCUGUAAUUGAAAGCGUUCAUAAACAUUCUUAAAGUAUUUUAUUACCACCACUGCCGUAUCUUUAUCAUAUCUUAAUCAUAUCUUUGUCAUAUCUUUAUCAUAUAUUUAAUACCAUCA